AUGAAAGGAUUCUUGCAUAGUCGGAUGAUGGUCACGUUCUCAGUGUUGGACAUUAAAGCGUUAGAGCGCGAAUCUACUGACCGGGAAGUCGGUUCGGACCCGACCCCUGCAUCCCCGAUUCUGCUGUCUAGGCCUGUGCAACCUAGCAGUAUCCAGCCCUCUGGCGAAAACAGAAAGGUUGCGAACCCUUUACUUGGCACGGAGUAUGAAGGAAAUCACGAAACGCUUGGUGCUGUCGGUGCUACUCCUCUUCCAGGAUGGGGACCGCGUGAUCCUUACUGUGCCUGGUUGGGGACACUACAAGAUAUGGCUGCCAACCGAUGUCAGUGGCGUUCCUGUUGUCAGUUUCUAUCCAGAUUACCUGAGGGAAUGUCUGGAGGUGUAGGCACCUCGGAAUAUUGUGUUAAGCUAAGUCCCUUCCCCGUCCACCUUUAUUCUUUUCUUUACAAUAAGGCUUUCAAAUAA